AUGGCUCUCCCGCAGCUCGGCUAUAAGUAUGUGAGAGCGCUGUAUCCCACUGAUCGGGCCGGGAUGCUGGCGGGCCGUGUGGGUGCUGAGCUCAGCUCCACCAGCAGCAUCGCCAACUCCCUCUCCAUGUACGGAUCUCCGUUCAGCGCCAGCCACACAUACAGCGCCUUCCUGCCCUACUCCAGCGACGUGUCCGUGCUCAACCACCUGGCCAGUCCCUUCGAGCUGAAAGAGAGUCCCGGGAUGCAGCACCCAGGGUUUCCUCCUGCGCACCCAGCUUUCUUCCCUUAUAGCCAGUACCAGUAUGGAGACGCGUCUCGACCCAAAAACGCCACCCGCGAGAGCACAAGUACUCUGAAGGCCUGGCUCAGUGAGCAUAGGAAGAACCCAUAUCCCACCAAGGGUGAGAAGAUCAUGCUGGCCAUCAUCACCAAAAUGACCCUCACCCAAGUGUCCACCUGGUUCGCCAACGCGCGCAGGAGACUGAAGAAGGAGAACAAGAUGACCUGGGUACCAAAGACACAACCUGACGAGGAGGGGAAUGUUUACCCGAGUGAUAACGAGGCUGAGGAGGAGGAGGAGGACAAGCGGGACGAGGAUGACGACGAGGAGAUCGACCUGGAGAACAUCGACACGGAGAACAUCGAAAUCAAGGAGGACUCGGAGUGUCGGGACGAGCUCAGAUCGGAUUCAAAAAUCACGGAAACCGACAGGAGUGACUCUGAGGGGUUCGAGGACACGCAGGGACAGGAGAAAAGUUUUGUAAAAAGCAGCGGGGUGAGAGACAGAGACAGCUGCGCGGAGGGACAGAGGGACGAGGACAGGAAAAGCCCCACAGCAGAGUCCUUGAGGAAUCUAAUCCCACCACAAAAGCCCAAAAUUUGGUCUUUGGCCGAAACAGCAACGACGCCAGAUCAUCCGAAAAAGUCUGCAGUAAUGAGCAGGACUGCUGUGCAGAGCUCUGCGGGGAACAUGCACAACUGGACCAAAAUGGCCAUUUCAGCUCAGCAGCUCGCAUUAACACACCAUUACUUUGGACUUAAACAGCCGAGCAACAACGUUAUGAUUAACAAGCAGGCAGACGCCAGGACUCACGCCUUAUGA